CAGGAAGAACGCUGCUGAGUGCUACGUGUCAAAUAUCAUCUAACUUAAACAAACUUCACUUUCUUUUGCUUUGUCUAAAUUUCUAAAGGCUUACAUCUCGAGAAAGGUUCGGACAGCGUCGCCUCGUUGUGACUAUGUCUGGGAUGCAAAAGCAGAAAACGAACAUGCAGAGAGCAACCAAUGUUGUGUACCAAGCUCACCAUGUGAGUAGAAGCAAGCGUGGCCAAGUGGUUGGGACCAGAGGUGGCUUUCGUGGCUGUACUGUCUGGCUUACAGGGCUGUCUGGUGCAGGAAAGACAACUAUUGGAUUCGCUUUGGAGGAAUAUCUAGUUUCUCAUGCCAUUCCAUGCUACUCACUUGAUGGGGACAAUAUUCGACAUGGUUUGAACAGGAACUUGGGCUUCACAGCAGCUGACAGGGAAGAGAAUGUCCGACGUAUUGCAGAGGUGGCCAGACUGUUUGCAGAUGCCGGACUGGUUUGCAUCACUAGUUUUAUUUCACCGUUUACUAAGGAUCGAAACGAGGCCAGGAAGAUCCAUGAGAGCGCAGGUCUGCCGUUUUUUGAGGUGUUUGUAAAUGCCCCUCUGGAGGUGUGUGAGAGCAGAGACGUGAAAGGUCUUUAUAAAAAGGCCCGUGCUGGAGAGAUUAAAGGUUUUACGGGAAUAGACUCUGACUAUGAGAAACCUGAAUCCCCUGAGCUUGUGUUAAAGACAGGAGAGCUUACUGUUAAUGACUGCAUUCAGCAACUAGUGGAGCUCUUGAAGGAACAGGAUAUUGUGCCCACGGGUGUAACAGAGGAAGUGAAUGAGCUAUUUGUUCCUGAAAACAAGCUGGACCUGGUGCUGAGUAAUGCCAGUACACUUCAAACGGUCACCAUCACAGAGCUGGACUUGCAGUGGGUGCAGGUUCUGGCUGAGGGAUGGGCGACUCCACUCAGAGGAUUCAUGAGGGAGAGAGAAUUCCUGCAAGUACUGCACUUUGGAACUUUACUUGAUGGUGGGAUCAUCAACAUGUCUGUGCCUAUCGUGCUGCCCGUUUCCAAGGAAGACAAGGAGAGGCUGGAAGGUUGUGCUGCUUUUACCCUGGAAUUCAAAGGUCGCAAAGUGGCAAUCAUGCGCAACCCUGAGUUUUAUGAGCAUCGUAAGGAAGAGAGGUGUGCCAGGCAGUGGGGGACAACAUGCCCCCGACAUCCACAUAUCAAGAUGGUAAUGGAGAGUGGUGAUUGGCUGGCUGGUGGAGACUUGGAGGUGUUUGAGCGAAUUAGGUGGAAUGAUGGUCUUGACCAGUACCGUCUUACUCCUCAGGAGCUUAGACAGAAAUUUAAGCAAAUGAGAGCAGAUGCCAUCUUUGCCUUCCAGCUGCGUAAUCCUGUGCACAAUGGCCAUGCACUCCUCAUGCAGGACACCAAACGCCGCCUGCUAGAGCGAGGCUACAAGAACCCUGUGCUGCUGUUGCACCCUCUGGGUGGCUGGACCAAAGAAGACGAUGUACCACUGGACUGGCGCAUGAAACAGCAUGCUGCUGUGUUGGAGGAGGGGGUGCUGGAUCCAGCAAGCACCAUUGUGGCAAUUUUCCCCUCACCCAUGAUGUAUGCCGGGCCUACAGAGGUACAGUGGCAUUGUCGGGCACGGAUGAUUGCAGGGGCCAACUUUUACAUUGUAGGACGUGACCCAGCAGGUAUGCCACACCCGGAGACAAAGCAGGACCUGUAUGACCCCACACAUGGUGGAAAAGUCCUGACCAUGGCACCAGGCCUCACCUCUCUAGAGAUUAUUCCCUUUAGAGUUGCUGCUUACAACAAAGUUAAGAAGGCCAUGGAUUUCUAUGACAAGGAAAGACAUGUUGAAUUUGAGUUUAUCUCUGGGACCAAAAUGCGGAGUCUCGCCCGAAGUGGACAGAACCCUCCAGAUGGUUUCAUGGCCCUGAAAGCAUGGAAAGUCCUAGCUGAGUACUAUAGUUCCCUGCAAAAAGACCAGUGAGCAAUAACUGGCCUAUAUACAAAACAGCUCUAUAUAAUCUAUUUCUUUAGGAAUUUAAAAUAUAGGUUUAUAGACUGAUGCAUAUAUGUACUACAAACCUGUAGUAUAGACUUUUUAAAUAUCUUUAUUACUUGUAUACCACACACACUUUUUUUUUUAGAUAAAUAUUUAUCCCGAAAAUGUUUUUUGUGAUUGUGUACUUUGUUACCAAUAUCCCCCCCAUCAAAAACAUUCACAUAUGUACUGCACAGUUAUCGCCAUCUCAGAUGUAUUUACAAGACAAACAUUUUGCCUACCUCAACUGAAACUCUAAAUGGUUAAGAAUGGUCAUCUUGACAGUAUUUCCUAUUGGUUGGUCUCAUUACAGACUGUGGAGAACAUCUUGUAAUUAAUCACAUUUUACACAGUUAUAUUAAAUUCUUUAAAAGAAUUUAAAGAUUAAGUACAGAAAGGAGAAUAUGACCACAGUCAAAUGUAUGAGACAUUUACAGGAAAUUGUCCUUUUUACAUUGUACUUUCAUGUGCCAUAAUGUAUGUUUGGAAUUGCAGUUAUAUUUUUGAACAUUCCCAAAUGACUUACUGUACAAUGUAUGAAUGUGAAAAGAUUUAUGCUGAAUGCAUACACAUAAUGUUUUUUAGGAGUCCAAUAUGAAGGAUCAAGAGCAUAUUUGUCUAACCCUUUUCUUAAUGGACCAGCCUAAACAUUUAUUGUCUCCCUUUUUGUACAAACUUGAGAUUUACACUGUCAUUUCAUACAGUAUUUGCUGUAAUGUGCAUUGGGCAUAAUUCCAAUAAAAUCCAUUAAGACACAAAA